CAGCCAUGGGUGGGUCAGUCGUGUUUUGAAUGUGGUUGAGUAAAGACCUAUUUCCUCAUCUUUUUUGGAUUUUAUGGACAGUUUACCCAUGAAUAUCCACGUUCAUAGGUAGCCCCCAGAACCAUUCUACCUUCUCUCCACUUUGCGUUUGAUGUGCAUGUAGUGUUGAGUAAAGCCAGGAGUGCAUGGUAAAAAGUUUUUCUUUGUCGUUGGACUUAGUGCAUGAACCCUCUAGUGAGCGAUGAAGCCCUCUGUCUAAGCGGGACAGCUUAGUUUGAAAUUUGAGAAAGAGAAAAAUCAAAGAGAGGAAGUAAGGAUUACAGAGAGAAAGAUAUAAAAGAUAAGCCCAAAAAAAGUUAAACCUAAAAGGACUCUGAAAGACUUUGCACAAAUACAGAUACACACAGUGUUUACAGCAUCACGAGUCACUUGUGCGGACGAGGUGUCUCGAUGCUUAAACGGCGUGCAGGAUAAGGGAAUUCACUAAAAAGCCCAAGGAAUCCCCACCAGAGCAAGAUCAGUACUUCGGCACCAUGCCCGAGCAAAACUACCCCAGCAUGCCACCGGGCACCGAUAACGGCAGUGGCCUGGUGCUUCGAUGGGACAUUAAGAACCUUGAGAUCAAGACCCGGUCAGUCGAAAAGACCCUAGAGCCCCUAGUCAUACAGGUCACGACCCUCGUCAACACCAAAGGCCCCUCCAAGAAGAAGAAAGGGCGGAGCAAGCGUGCCCACGUGCUGGUUGCGGCAGUGGAGGCAGCCACACGGAACUUCAUCGAGCGCGGGGAAGAGAUCGCCUACGAAAACCCUGACAUCAAGGGCGAGAUGCUGGGGGCUGUCGAGGAGGUUCGCAAGACAGGAGAUACCAUGUCGCGAGCCGCCCGGGAGUUUGCUGAAGACCCCUGUAGCAGUGUGAAGCGCGGCAACAUGGUGCGGGCUGCUAGGAACCUCCUCUCGGCUGUCACGCGCCUGCUCAUCUUGGCUGACAUGGUGGACGUCCAUCGGCUCCUCAAGAGCUUACAAGUGGUGGAGGAUGAUUUAGAGAAGGUCAAGAAUGCCUCCAGCCAGUCAGAGCUGCUUGACAACUUCCGUCUGUUUGGCAAGAACACAAGUGACCUCAUCAACCAGGCAGCGAAGCGCCAGAACGAACUGAAGGACCCGAGGCUCCGUGACGACCUUGCCUCAGCACGCGCGGUGCUCAAGAAGAACUCCAUGAUGCUCCUAACUGCCUCCAAGGCGUACGUGCGGCACCCAGAACUGGCAGCAGCGAAGGCCAACCGCGACUUUGUGUUCAAGCAAGUGUGUGAGGCAGUGAACACCAUCAGUGAUGUAGCCCAGGGUAAGGCCACCGGGGCGGGCCAAAUGCCCUACGAAGGCCCGGGAGAGCUGGCCUCGGCCCUUGAUGACUUUGACGAACGUAUCAACAUGGACCCACUGACCUACAACGAAGUGCGAACCCGUCCUUCCCUCGAGGAGCGUCUGGAAUCCAUCAUCAGUGGGGCAGCCCUCAUGGCAGACUCGUUCUGCACAAGGGACGACAGGAGGCUCAAGAUCGUUGAGGAAUGUAAUGCUGUGAGACAGGCCCUCCAGGACCUGCUGACAGAAUAUAUGGAUAAUAUGGGACGCAAACAGCCCUCUGAAAAUCUGGACAAGGCAAUUGAUCACAUGUAUCGCAAGACCAAGGACCUUAGACGUCAAUUGCGUAAAGCUGUAGUUGAUCACGUUUCAGAUAGUUUCCUAGAGACAAAUGUACCACUGCUAGUUUUAGUUGAAGCUGCAAGGAAUGGCAACGAGAAGGAAGUAGAGGAGUACGCUCAGGUCUUCACUGAACAUGCAAACAAGCUAGUGGAGGUUGCAAACUUAGCCUGCACCAUGUCCAACAAUGAGGAUGGUGUGAAGAUGGUGCGCUAUGGUGCAGCACAGAUAGAACACCUCUGCCCUCAGGUCAUCAAUGCUGCACGUAUUCUUGCGGCACGGCCCAAAUCCAAGGUUGCUCAGGAGAACAUGGAUGCCUUUAAGGAUGCCUGGGAGAAUCAAGUGCGCAUCCUCACAGAGUCUGUGGAUGACAUCACAACCAUUGAUGACUUCCUUGCUGUUUCAGAGAGUCACAUAUUAGAGGAUGUGAAGACAUGUGUACGAGCCAUCAACGAAGGCGAUCCUGACACUCUAGACCGCAUUGCUGGUGCUAUUCGGGGCCGGUCUGCCCGUGUGUGCCAUGUGGUUGCAGCAGAAAUGGAUAACUAUGAGCCCUGCAUGUACACUGACCGAGUCUUGGAGGCAGUGAAGGUGUUGAGAGACCAGGUGCUGCCAAACUUUGCCCAGCGAGUGGACGUGGCUGUUGAGGUCCUAAGCAGCACACCAGGCAAAGAGGUGGAUGAGAACGAGUUUAUUGAUGCCUCGCACUUGGUGUAUGACGGCGUGCGAGAGAUCCGCAUGGCUGUUCUGAUGAAUAAGGCAGAUGAUGAGUUAGAUCCUGAUGAUGUGUUGAUGGAUGAGUACCACACUUUGGAGAUCAGGAGCAAGUCGAGUGCACACACUGUGGACACAACCAUUGAUGAGUACCCAGGUGUCAGUGGCAUCACGACGGCCAGAGACGCCAUGAGGAACCUGAGUGAGGAGGACAAGGACAAGAUUGCCCAACAGGUGGAGAACUUCAGGUUGGAGAAGGUCAAGUUCGACCAGGAGGUGGCCAAGUGGGAUGACACAGGCAACGACAUCAUUGUCCUGGCUAAGCACAUGUGCAUGAUUAUGAUGGAGAUGACAGAUUUUACCAGGGGUCGAGGACCACUCAAGACUACCAUGGACGUGAUCAAUGCUGCAAAGAAGAUUUCAGAGGCAGGCACAAAGUUGGACAAGCUCUCCCGUCAGAUUGCCGACCAGUGCCCUGAGUCACGCACCAAGGAUGACAUGUUGGCAUACCUUGACCGCAUUGCUCUCUACUGCCACCAACUCAACAUCACCUCCAAGGUCAAAGCUGACGUGCAGAACAUCUCUGGAGAGCUCAUUGUGUCUGGGCUGGACUCAGCCACCUCCCUCAUCCAAGCAGCUAAGAACCUUAUGAAUGCUGUGGUCCUUACGGUCAAAUGCUCCUAUGUGGCCUCCACCAAAUACCCACGGCAAGGAACCAUCGCUCCUACCCACCCUGAUGUGGGUAAGAAGAAAGAAGUAGAGAUAAAACAGAUGACAAACUCGCCUAUUGUGGUGUGGAAGAUGAAGGCCCCCGAGAAGAAGCCACUUGUGAGACGCGAGAAGGCAGAGGAUGUGCGGGCCAAGGUGCGCAAGGGUAGCCAGAAGAAGCAGGUUUCAGCCCUCAAGGCGCUCGCCGAGUUCCAGAGUCCAGCGGACGCAAUCUAGGGUUCUGAUUUCCUCCCGUAGGUCCAAAGGUCUUAGCAGAAGUAAUUGUGCGUGCACUUGUUAACUUCGCCAUGUAAAUGAUAGGGAGUUUCUUAAGUUUUCAGACGUUUCUUUUUUAACAGUGUCCCUAAGAUACCUCUGGCUCUGUCUGUGGCCGGAAAGAGGCAGAAUUUCUCUGGGAUUUGUUAUGUUAAUCUUUCCUUUCUCCCUCCUCCCUUUCCCUAGCCCACGGUUUCUUCCCUCCCCGCAAAUGUAUGGGUGUUAGGCAACUGAUUUAGCAUCACAAGGAAAAUGCCAAUAAGUUAAAUGUUAUAUAAUGGCAGGAAUGGUAAGGAAAGAAACGGAGAAGGAAAGGGGGUAAGAAUUGGAAGUGAAGGGGAGGGAGGACUUAGAAUAGAGAUAGAAUAAUAAUGAAUUGCUAAAUAUGAGAUUGUAAUUGUAAAGAAACAUGAGGGGAAAAUAUGAAGAAAGAGAGGGAGGUAGUAAGGAAAAUAGAGAUAUAUUAAAAGUGAGAGAAAAAAUAUGAGAUUUGAAUGGUCUUUCAUCAACUUUCAUUCUUUUGAUUAAGAAAUCUGUGAUGUUCACUCUCACUGAUGGUAGUUAAAAUAGAGAAUUUGUGUGUUAGAGCAGAAUUCUUGGAAAAAAGUAUAAAAUAAUUGGAAUUUAAUUUCAUCUUGUUUGGCAUUUUGAAUGUUCCAUAUAUAUAUAUAUAUAUGUCAGAUGCGAAGAAAGAUUCUAGGAAUCACAAGAGCUUCAGAUAAAAGAAAAAGAAAAAAAGAGAAAGUGAAAAUGAUCAUAUUCCACAGAUUCUCCCAUGUCAACUCUUGUUGUGCUGCAGUUUGCACCUCAUGAGCGAUGGAAUGCUUGCCAGUCUAGAGUAGGAAGGCAUUAUUAGUUUCAGAUUUUAUUAAGAUAAUCACCCAAAAUUACCUCCACACUAUUGUUAUUAAAAAGAAGAAAAAAAUGUAGAGCGAUGUUCAAGCUAAAAAGAGAAAAGAACGAAAAAGAGUGUCUUUUUUUCGCUCUCUUUUGAUGUACUAUGAGAGCAAAAAAAACCCCUGAAAACAAGCCAUUUUGCGGUCUUGUUCAAAUACUCUCUUAUUGAGACCAUUAGCUAGUACAUGAUUGUGUAGAGAUGAUAAUUCAUAUCUGAAUUUGUGGAUUGAGUUUUUUAUCCUUUUUUUUUUUUUUUAUCUUAUUAUCUCUUAAUUGUAUCUACUUUUAUAUAUGUUUUCUAAAACUGAUGUGUUGCCCCAAUCUCACUUAUACAGCGACAUCACAGUAGCAUCCUUGUUAUAGUUACUAAUAUAAGUUCUGUGAUUAUUACAUAUUCAUUAUUAUUUUAAUUAUCAGUAUUUUAAUUGUUGCUUAUGUAAAGUAUAUAUAUAUAUUUUUUUUUUAUGAUCAUUGCCACUUGAAGUAUUGCCAUUUUUAUUUAUUAGCUUUUUAGGCUUUGAGUUACUGUUCCUAAUUGAUUAUUGUAUUAAAGGACAUUCAUAGUUUGUCAUUUAUUGUGUUAGUUAUGUCAUCGCUACAUGAGUGUUGAAAGGAACCAAUAAAAUCAAUAAAAGAUUUUUAGAACUUACGAGGACCAAGUAAAACAAGAAGAAACUACCGUGUACUUGGUAGAAGACAAAGUAACUAUGUAUAGUCGUCCAUUUUUGGACAUUUUAUGUAGGAUGUCCACAAGGGUAAAUGUAAAAUAAAAAGGUAUUUGUUAUAUAUACCUACAUACUGCGCGUAUACAUAUAUGAGUAUAUAUAUCUAUACGUUAUAUUUCUGUGUGUGUAGAAUGAACUGCACAGUCAGGUAUAAUCCAAAGAGAAUGUGGCAGUUUUUGCAAUAAUUUUUUGCAAUGUUUGUUUAAUUAUAAGACUUACUAUUCCAAUGGUACACAUAGAAAAAAAGAAGAAAAAAAAACUUUAUUUAUCAGAAAGAAAGUAUGGUAAGAGAGGCGAAGAUGGUACAAAGACGAAGUAGUUAAGUUACCAGGAACUUUUUCAAUGAAAAGACUGAUUGGUAACUGGUUCUUCCCAUGAUAUCAUUCCAAAUUUAUAUUUUUCCUUCCAAGUCUCUCCUCGUCAUAUUGUUCGUUAGGGUAUAAGUAAAGUUGUCCUUCAUUGAUUAUGUUUUUGGCUCCGGGUCUGUGCUGUAGCCUCCCCCCCUUCCCCCUGGCUGCUGCAGAUCACACACGUAGCCAAGUUACACGGUCUUACUACUGCGUGCUUGUGAGCUCUUUUCUGUGUUCCACUUUUGGUGUGCUCUUCCCCUCCAUGUCCUUUUCAAAAAAGGAGAGAGGAGAAACCACUUUUAAUUCAUCGUUUCUUCUUCCGAAGGGGGGAAAAAGGCAGCCUGAACACCUUUUGAUAUUUCAUUCUUGCAUAUCAUGUUUCAUUGUACAUUAUGAUGGAUUUCGUAAGAACUGUAUUGUAUGUAGCACUCGGCAGCUUUUUGUAUAUUGGUAGGUUAAGUUUCUUGUUGGUGGGAUCAUUGAAUUAGGCAGAGUGGGCACCAAAGCAGGUCGUAAGGCGUGUUCGAUCAGGGAGACUUUAUAAUUUAUUUUGUUAUAUUUCCAGGAACAUGUUUUAAGAAAUUGUAAUGGUUAGGUAAAUGAUAAUUAUAUUACAAAAAACAAGGUAAUAAUGAUAAGGUAUGGCAUUGUGUAAAUCUUUAUGAUAAAUCUUGGAUGAUUCUAAUGUUGACAAUGAUAAAGAAAGUGCUUCAAAGAAAGUAUAGUUAUCCAUUGGUAACAUUUUCUCAUUGUGUUCCAUAGCACUUGCAUUUGAUUAAACUUUUUUCAGUAGCAGUGUCACAAGGCUUUAUAUAGUAAGGUUAACAAAUAUUAUGAUUUUAUAGCUGUUGAAAUUGUAUCUUUUGUGUAAAAUAUUCAGAAAUGUAGAUAGUGCUAGGUGUAGCACAGGCAUUAUUGAAAUAUUUUUGGUUGCACAGUUUUUGGAUCUUUAGAAACAUAAAACACGUUUUAAAAGUUUCAGUUGUAUUGUCAUGAUUUAUUAUCCAUGAAUAUUUUUUCUAUCUAUAAAAUACCAUGUACUUGGGUGCCAAAAUAUAUGUAAAAGAUCCGA